AUGGGUGACAUGUCCGCGGCUAUCCACCCCGGCGCUCCGGAUGACAUGAGAGCGUACAGGGCGCCGUCUCUGUUCCAGCCACACCGCGUCCGCCAGGCGAUCCGUGACGCGCACAAAAAGAAGAUCCCCCCGCUCAUCGGCUACUACGCCGGCCUCAGCUCCAUUCCCAUCACGCGCUUCCUUGCUCCGAUGGGCUACGAUUGCGUCUGGAUCGACUGGGAGCACACGUCGUGCGAUGUCGAGACGAUGACCACUAUGGUUCAUGAAAUCGUGUUCAUGAGCGAGGGUCGCACCAUCCCCUGGGUCCGAGUCCCUGGUCACGAUCACGCUGCCAUCGGGUUCGCCCUGGACGCGGGCGCGAGUAUCAUCAUUCCGCAGGUCGAGACAGUCGAGCAGGCCAAGUAUGUCGUGUCGGCAGCCAAGUUCGGCACAAAGCAGAAGGGCACUCGCUCGAUGCCGCCGUUCCGGUUCGUGCCGGGCAUCACCGACAUGGGCGCCGACGGGAAGCGGGACGUGUGGCAGAACCUCAACGACCAGGCGGCCAUCAUGGUGCAGAUCGAGACGCUCGAGGGCAUCAACAACCUGGACGCAAUCCUGACCGAGGUCCCGGACAUUGAUGUGGUGUGGCUCGGUAGUCUCGACUGCCGCAUCAGCAUGAACCUGCCGGCCAACUUUGGCCACGGCGAUGAGCCCGUGUGGCUGGCGGCCGUGGACAAGUUCAACGCCACGCUCAAGAAGCACGACAAGCCCCGCGCCGGGUUUUGUCUCCAGGGGGGCGAGACGCUCACCAAGAUGGCUCAGGACAACUGCUUCCUUAUGCAUGCGGCGGAUGUCCUGAAGCUGUACGAGAUGGCUCCCCAGCUCGUGUCUGCGAGGGCCGCGGUGGCGCUCAAGAAGUGA